AUGCAGGAAGCAGCGAAUACCGCAGAGCAGAGUUGGUACCCUCCUCACCUCCUAACCACUACUACCACUACCACUACUGCCCCAGCGGGUGCACGUCGCCCCUCCUCCUCCAAAUUCCGUGGAUCCUUUUUUUUUUCUUCUUUUCCUUUCUCCUUUCCGUUCUUAUUCUUUAAACUUCCCUCUUCGUUCUCGAGUAAAUUAUCGUUGCACGGAAGCUAACAGCGAAUCAAAUAUCUUCUAAUUGCACUAUAGCUCUCCGCGCCCAUCUGCUCCCACACAUCCACUCUCCCCAACAGCAACAGCAGCAGGUCCAGCCGCAGCAGCAGCAGAACGUCACGAGCCCCGAUAAUAAACCAGCCGACUCGGCAAGCCCCGACCUGAACAUCGAUCCAGCCAUCAGUGGUGUCGGCGCUCCCGGGGGCGUGAGCAGCGUUCCUCAGAGUCCGGGUUUAACGACGAUGGCGAUCCAGGGUAUGUCUCCGGGCUCGCAGGCCGCGAUGGAACAGCAUAGCGGUGCGGAGGAGACACAGGCGGAGGGAUCUUCCGCCGGCAGGGGCCGUGGUGGGAAACGCGAAUUGUCAACGAGUAAGCGGGCGGCGCAAAAUCGCGCUGCACAGGUAUGCUUUUAUCCGCCACGGGAUAGAGAGGAGGGUCUAACUGAACGAUUGACCGCAGAGAGCUUUCCGCCAACGCAAAGAAGGCUACAUCAAAAAGUUGGAGGAGCAGGUUAGAGACUUCACCCAGAUGCAAGAAUCCUACAAGCAGAUACAGGCCGAGAACUAUCAACUCCGCGACUACAUCAUCAACCUGCAAUCCCGCUUAAUAGAGCACCAAGGGGAAGAAGCUGUCCCACCACCGCCCCUACCACUACUAGGCUCCUCCCCCUCUGCCGCCGGCGCUAUCACCCUACCUACCGCUGCCGCUGCUGCCGCCCUUCCCCAGCAGCAGCAGCAGCAGCAGCAGCAGCAACAGCAGCCCCCACACUCCCCACUCACGGACCCCUCCGCCCCAACAGCAAACAUGGGCACCGUCGUUGAAACCUCCAGCAAUCCAACAGCCAAUCCGUCGACCAAUAAUCCCCCGGGCGCGAAGCGCGCGCAUGAGGAAGAUGCGGCGAACGCAUUUCUGCAGGGUGUUGCGGCGGCCGGAAAUGGGUUUCUGCAGGCGCAACAGCAGGCAGUGGCCGCUGCAGCUGUAAUCGCUGGAGCUGGAGCUGGGAGUAGUGGUGGUGGUGGCGGUGGUGGGGGCAAGAGAUUGAAGAAUGGGGAUGAGAGUGGUGUUAAUGGCGCCUAG